AUGGCCAACGUCCAGACCUCGUACUUCUUCCCGCCCCGGUGGACUUUCCACGUCGGCGGCCCAAUCAGCCUGGGCAACAUCCUCCAUGACCCUAAAACACCUCAAUAUGCUCUCAACGACGAAGACAGGCAGCCACUGCCAAAGCUCUUCAUCGACGACACAAAAUCCCACUUCGCAGUCACCAUCACCGACAACAAAGCCAAGUCGGCCGGGAUUGGCUCCUCGUUGCUCCAACUCUUCGGUUUCUCGGCGGAUCUGACCGCAGAACGGACCAAGACGCUGACCUGGACCAUCGAGGCCGACCAGCUUGCGACGCAGGAAAUCAACCCCAAGGCUUCGUGGGUCGAAACAUGCUUCAAGCACCCGGAGGUGCAGAACUUCUUGCGGAAGACCAAGUUCCGCAAGGAGCUAUACAUGGUCACUGGGAUCAUGGCCGUGUCGAGCGCGACGGUGAGCAGCGAGAUCGGCCAGAGGCACCUCUUCUCCGCGAAACUGGGCGCGAACCUUGCGCCCGUAGCUGCGGGUGUGCCAGUCGAAGCGCAUGUCAGUGGCUCGAUUUCUGGAGACCGUGGCAAGCAGGCGUCCUUUGGGAAAUCGGAUUUCAUCUUGGGGGGUGCUAACAGCUUCAAAGCCUACAAACUUAGGAAAAUCCAAUACCUGAAGACCCAGAGCGUGAAAGACAUGAGAGAUGUCUAUUCCGGCACAGUCCUUGACAACGAUCGACCGCCCCUGCCUUUGGAGGAGGUGGACGAGGACCAGACGGCAGAGGCUCAAUUCCUUGGUCUUGAAGACAGCGUGGCUGGCCCGGACGAGUUCGAGUUUGCGGCCGUUGAGGCGCAGGUAAGUCGCGAGAGCCGUGCCGGCGAGAGCAUCGAGUUUGUGCUCCCUGUGGACGCGGAAGAUGUGGAAUAG